ACGUGGGUAUAUAUCAAGGACUGUGUUUCCAUCGGAGUCUAGCGAGAGGUGAAUUACAUUGAAUGUAUAUCUAUAGUUUACUAAUUAUAUAGAUAUACAAUAUAUGUAUACUAUCAACUUGACUCCGGUGGAAAUCAGUGGUGAUCAGUGGAAGUAUAGCCGAGGUGCCGUGGGAUAUUGUGUGAAAAAUCGGGUUGAAGCAGUUUACACCCGCGUGUUACGGAAAAAUGGAAUCUUCGACGAAUGCAUACCCCAAGAAAAAUAUGCAAAACACCUAUGAAGAUGAAGAGGAGAGGAAGCACUUCCUGAGGAUUGUAUCGGCGUUUAAAUAUUACAAGCCUCAUUCCUUGCAGCGGGUCAAGAAGACGGAGACUUACCUGUUGUCUCUACCAUCACACCAUCAGAAACUACUCUCCAAUUACAGGGAACACUUGCAAGAAGUGAAAAGAUGUAUUGAAAAUAAUGAUGAUAUCAUUAAGCUGAUCAUAAAAGAUGUCACUCAUAUUUUUGAGAAUGUCAGCCCUACCAGCGCCCAAACAGACACUAUGCUUAAUACACGACCUGUAAUGGCUGAUCAAGAGAAGGUCCAAGCUACGAUCAAACAGUUGGUUCGCGAUUGGAGCGAAAAAGGAGCUGAGGAAAGACGUGCCUGUUAUCAGCCAAUCAUAGAAGAAAUUGUGCGACAGUUCCCUUUGGACUUUUGUACACCAUCAGAAGUUCAAGUUUUAGUACCUGGGGCAGGUUUAGGACGACUCGCAUAUGAAAUUGCACGAUGUGGUUACACUUGCCAAGGAAAUGAAUUUUCCCUCUUCAUGCUCUUUGCAUCCCACUUCGUACUCAACAAAUGCAGAGAAAGGGACAUCUAUAAAGUUCAUCCUUGGGUUCAUCAGUACAUGAACAAUCUAUUGUCCGAGCAUCAGACUCAGGCAGUAUUUUUCCCAGAUGUUAGUCCCAGCGAUCUUCCUGAAAAUGCUCAGUUUUCCAUGACAGCCGGAGACUUCCUAGAGGUUAUCGUCGCUCCUAAAUUAUUGCAUCGAUCAUCUUACACAGUAUACACUGAAGACAAUCAUUGGGACUGCGUCGCGACAUGCUUCUUCAUAGAUUGUGCCAACAAUGUCGUACAGUUUAUCGAAACGAUUUAUAAAAUUUUAAAACCAGGAGGCAUCUGGAUAAAUCUAGGACCAUUACUUUAUCAUUUUAGCGACAUGCCAAUGGAGGAUUCGAUAGAGCCUAGUUACGAAGUUGUGCGUGAAGUUAUCAAGGGUUUUGGUUUUAAAUUAGAAAAGGAGGAGACUCACGUUAGGACGCGCUAUGCCCAAAAUAUCAACAGCAUGUUGCAAUGCGAAUAUAACAGCGUCUAUUUCGUCUGCCGGAAGCCGAAGAGAGCAACACGGCCAGCGGAGCCGCACGACCAGACAAAUUCUAAUAUAAGUAUUCCAGCACAAAGUCAGUCCCAUUCUGAAAGUAACGGGACGAUUCAGGAACAGGAGAAUUAAUAAGAUCUUUGGUUAGAAUGCUCCACACAGUGGAGGCAAAGCGAAAGUUUCGUUAUGGAAACCUUUAAUAGGCAAUGACUUCUGGUGUUACACGGAAUUAUAUGAGAGGAGCGAACAAUUAUUUCCAUUUGUAAUGAUGGCUCUCUGUGUUAGCCAUGCACUUCCAACUUUUUUUAUCCCUCCUAAGAAAUAGUCAAUGAGGAAAGAAGAACGAUGAAAUAACUCGGAGGGAAUUAUUUAUCAUUCAGUAAAUAACAAAGGGAAGAAAAAAAUAUAUAUAUUAUAAUAGGAAGCGAUGUACCUGCCGACUGAAGUUUUACGAAGCCCAUCGUUAACGAGGAAUUCAUAUACGAUUGUGACACAGCACAAAAUAUUAAAGAUGCAUCUUUGUUUACAUUACUGUCUUCUUAUUGAAGACUCGCACAAAAAUUAUUCUUGAGAAAUAGGAAGUAAAAUGAAUAUUAAGCAACAAUUAGUUUUAGAGAUAUUAAAUUUCUCAAGGGAAUUUCUGUUAUGUCCAUUACCUGAGAGGAAGAGCUUCACUGGGCUUCGCUGAGCUACGGCUUGCCUUGUAAUGAAAACACAUACAUCUCGAAUGUAUAUUAGAUUAACUAUAUAUUGUUGUAAUUAAUAUAAUUUUGUAUCAAAAAAUGUUAACGACGCCAAGUCGGCAAGAUA